AGUUGCCAUCCCCCGAACCCAACAAACAGAAAGGGAGAAAGAGAAAGGGAACAGAAGAACGCCGGAGCGGGAGCCUGACGCCACAUCCUCCGUCCUCCCUCCCUCCUCCCCGAUUCAGAUCUCUCCCCGGCUCGCCUCCGUCUCGCUCUCGGUCGGCCGCGGCGCCGGAGAGGGCGGCGCCCAAUGGAGGCCAUCCGGAAGCAGGCCUCCAAGCUCCGGGAGCAGGUCGCCCGGCAGCAGCAGGCGGUGAUGAAGCAGUUCGGGGGCGGGUACGGCGCGGACGGCGCCUUCGCGGACGAGGCCGAGGCGCAGCAGCACUCCAAGCUCGAGAAGCUCUACAUCUCCACGCGCGCCGCCAAGCACUUCCAAAGGGACAUAGUCCGCGGCGUCGAGGGCUACAUAGUCACGGGGUCGAAGCAAGUUGAAAUCGGGAACAAGUUGUGCGAGGACGGUAAGAAGUAUGGCACUGAGAACACGUGUACCAGUGGAAGCACGCUGUCAAAGGCGGCAUUGAGUUUCGCCAAGGCACGAUCCAUGAUGGAAAAGGAAAGGAGUAACCUGCUGAAAGCCCUGGGCACACAGGUUGCAGAACCACUGAGGGCUAUGGUUAUGGGAGCUCCUUUGGAGGAUGCUCGUCACCUUGCCCAAAGAUACGACAGAAUGCGUCAAGAAGCUGAAGCGCAGGCUAUUGAAGUUUCGAAGCGCCAAAUGAAAUUAAGAGAGGCAUCUGGAAAUGGUGAUAUGAUUUCAAGGCUAGAGGCAGCUGAGACAAAGCUGCAGGAGUUGAAAUCAAAUAUGGGGGUUUUGGGCAAAGAAGCUGUUGCAGCAAUGACUGCUGUUGAAGCUCAACAGCAAAGGCUGACAUUGCAGCGACUUAUUGCAUUGGUUGAAUCUGAAAGAAAUUACCACCAAAGGGUCCUACAAAUUCUUGAUCAGCUUGAAAGAGAGAUGGUAUCUGAGCGCCAAAGAAUCGAAGGAGCACCUCCUCCGGUUGUUGAAAGUUCCAUGCCACCUCCACCUGCAUAUGAAGAAGUCAACGGUAUAUUCAUGAGGAACACCGUUGCAGAAUUGGUCGAGACUGUGGAGUACUUCUUGGCUGAGGCCAUCCAGUCAUAUCGAGCUGAGAGCGACACUGAGCUCAACCUUGCAGCUGGUGACUACAUAGUGGUCCGAAAGGUGUCAAACAAUGGAUGGGCCGAAGGUGAAUGUAGGGGUAAGGCUGGCUGGUUCCCUUAUGACUACAUCGAGAAACGGGAACGUGUGCUUGCAAGUAAAGUUACCCAAGUUUUCUAAGACGCCCACCGAGCCAUACAUAUCCCCGUGUUUGUACACUGUGUAUUAUGUUCGUUAUCGUCAGAGAAAAUCUGUAAUUUUGCUGAAACCUGCCUGUUGAGGGCUUGUUCGGCUGUUCCUGCCCGGCCGUCUGCAUUGUUCAAAUCCGUAUGGCAGGAACUGAACACUAAUGUUUAUCUCCAUUCUUCAACUAUCCCGUCAAUAUAUACCCGUACAUUUUUUUUUUGUUU